AUGUCGUCAAAAUUGGUUUUAAAUGAAAUUGAGCAGAAGGUUAUUAAUCUGCUGAAAAAGACCGCUGAUUAUGUGGAAAAGACGAAAUCCCUUACGUCUCUUGAAGUUCGUCUCGCCGGUGGUUGGGUGCGCGACAAGUUGCUCGGAUGUCAAAGCAAUGAUAUAGAUGUCACUUUAAAAGAUAUCAGCGGGCAAGACUUUGCCUUGGCUAUUGUUGAAUUUGUCCGUUCGCAAGAAGCUACGACACUUGUACCGGCAGACUCAGUGUUAGGGAAGCUUGUGACAAAUCCCGAACAAAGUCAGCAUCUUGAGACAGCUACUAUGGGACUGUACGGUUUAGACAUUGAUUUUGUAAGCCUCAGAGCCGAAACUUAUCCGGAUUCGAGUCGUAUACCAGUGGUGACUCCAGGCACAGUGUUAACCGAUGCUUUGCGUCGUGACUUUACCGUUAAUUCGCUUUUCUACAAUGUUCGUACCGACGAAAUUGAGGACAUUACAGGACGUGGACUAAAGGAUUUGGCUUCCAGAUCGCUUGUCACUCCUGUUGAUGCUGUUGCUUCUUUCAUUGACGAUCCAUUACGUAUCUUGCGUGGCAUUCGUUUCGCUUCUCGUUUUAAUUUUACCUUGCACGAUACCUUUUUUAAUGCUAUUAGACACCCCAAAGUUUUGGACGUAUUCUUUAUAAAGUUGAGCAAAGAGCGGAUUGGCGAAGAACUCAGUAAAAUGCUAAACUCAACAAAUCCGGAAGUGGCAGUUGGAAUGCUCUACGAUACUGGCAUUGCUGCUCUUAUCCUUGAUGAAUUUACGCCGGAACAAUAUAAACAAGUCCAGCGUGCUUUGGUUGCAGCACGUCAAGCAGUUAAUUAUUUCUCGGACGCCUCUACGCAGCCAAGUCCUCUUUCUUCUACCGGUGAUUUCGUGGUUUGGUUAUUUGCUACCCUCGUUCCUUGGCGCAACGAAAAAAUGCUGGAAAAGAAGAAGGAAGUUUACGUGCCAACUAAAACUUCUCGUGAUCGGUUGAAGCUUCCCAAUCCUGUUGUGAUUCCGCUUAGUCAGUCUUUUGCAUUUGCAAAAUCAUUCGAUAAACUCGCACACCAACCUGAAUCCCUAAGCCGCGUCACCAUCGGCAAUUUCAUUAGAGAAGUUGGUUCUAACUGGCACGUUGCUCUUGCUUGUGCAUAUGUUUGGAGCGCUGUGGAACGGUCAGAUGAGCCCAUGCACAAGACGUUCGAAAACUUCGAAACCCUUUUACAGCGAGUCUAUGACUACAAUCUGCAAGAUGCUUAUUCUUGGAAACCAAUUCUUAAUGGAAAACAAAUUACGCAACAGUUGCAUGUAAAACCAGGACCUGAUGUGAAAAGUGCCAUAGAAAAGGUUCUGGAAUGGCAAUUUGAGCACCCUGGUGGAGAAGUGGAUGACUGCAUUCGUGAACUUUCACAAAUGAGUGUUAAGGAUAAAAAUUGA